AUGAAUGGGGACGAGGGAGUCGCUCCUUCUCAGGAGCAUCCAGCACCUGACAUGACUGAACUUUUUGCCAUCAGGGAGGAGCUGGAAAGGUAUAUGGAGGAGAAUCCGAACUCCAAGUUUGGGACCAAGACGCACUCAAAAAGUAUCUUGGAAUUUUUCGAUAGGAUGAUCGACGUGUUCAAAUCAACGAAGAAGCCAGUCAACAUGGAACUCGACAACAUCACUACGAAGUUGGACCUGCUGAUCGAGGCUACAAAACAACAGAAGCCAGCGACCGUCUCCUACGCAGAUAAAGCCAGAGGAACUCCACCAGAACCAAAACCGAACAUCGGCUCUGCAGUUAUUCUCAUUGAAAGCACCGAUAAGAAAGAGGACGCAGAAGAAAUCAAAAAGAGAAUAAAACAACAACUCAAUCCAAAGGUCCUCAAGGUGGGGAUUACCAAGGUUAGAAAAAUUAGAAACCAAAGUGUACUCAUAGAAGUGGAGAGAAAAGGAAGCGAAAAACAACUAAUAGAAGAAAUCAACAAGAUAACAAACCUAACAGCAAGAGAACCCAAGAAGAUUCUCCCGAAGAUUGCCAUCUACAAUGUGCCAAAAGACCUUACUAAAGAAGAAAUAACCGAAGCAAUUUUCCAACAAAAUACAAGAAUCGCAGACCAAUACACCAGCAUGGAAGAAUUCAAGAAAGACAUCCUAAUCAAGUAUAAAUGGGGAAGGAAACCUGACGUGAACCACUGGGUGUGCGAGGUUGCCCCAAAACUGAAGAAAUCACUAACGAAACAGAAGAAAAUCAACAUCGACUGGGUCCGCUGUAACACAGAGGAAUACUUCAACAUAAUCCAAUGCUUUCGCUGUUGUAAAUACGGGCAUUUUGCCAAGGAGUGCUCCAGCGACCGUGCAUACUGUAACCACUGUGGCGGCGACCACAAGUACGCGGAAUGCCGAAAUAAAAGUACAGCGCCCAGCUGCAUAAACUGCGUCAGGAACAACGCUAACAACUUCGCCCACAGAGCCAAUCAAUCCUGCUGUGGUGAAAGAAUGAAGAUUAUACGAAACAUCCAAACAAGAACCAACUAUGGAUAA